AAUAGUUAUGCAGUUCCCCCAUGGUUGAAAAAGCUGCCCUUCUUAUGGAAAAAAACUGAAUUUCUUCUGUGCCUCCCCAACUAGACAGUGCCCCAAAGUGCCCUUUACUGUAGGUGCUCACACAAUAGGAUGAACCAUAUUUACUAUUGUUAAUAAAUAUAUGGGGUGCAUCAUAACUUUAUACAUACUGGUGAGGCCUAUGUGUUUUUAUACAGUGAAUAAAUGUGUAUGUGUGUGUGUGUAGAAUAAGAAGUGGGCAUGUUAGAGAGAGAGGGAGCUUUAGAGAGAAGGAGAAGAAAAUGGAGAGAGAGAAAAAGUUAGAGAGAGAGGGAGGAUGAAUGAAAGGGAGUGAUUUAGUUAGAUUUUGUAGAGAGGGAGAGAGAGGGAGGGUGAAUGAAAGAGGUAGAGAAAGAUUUAGAGAGAGUGAGAGAGAGGUAGUUAGAAGGAGAAAGAAAGAGGUAGAGUGAGGGAGAAAGAGAGAGAGAGAGAGAGAGUGGUUUAGAAAGAGAGAGAGAGAGGCUGAGUGAUAGAGAGAGAGGGAGAGAGAGACCGGGAAAAAGAGACAGAGGUUCAGAAAGAGGUUUAGAGAGAGAGAAUGAGAAAGAAAGAUUGAGAGACUGAAUGAAAAAGAGAGGUAGAGAGAGAUGAAGAGAAAGUGGUUUAGAAAUAGAUAGAGAGAGGUUUAGAGUGAGAGAGAGAGGUUUAGAGAAAGAGAGAGAGAGGUUUAGACAGGGAGAAAGAGAGAGAAAGAGAGGGGGGUUUAGAGUGUGAGAGAGUGAGAGAGAGAGGUUUAGAAAGAGAGAUAGAGGUGAGGUAGAGAGAAACUGGGAGAAAGAGACAGAGGCUCAGAAAGAGUAAGUGGGAGAGAGAAAGAUAGAAAGGUUUAGAGAGAGAGAAAGAGAGAGGUUUAGAGAAAGAGAGAGUGGUUUAGACAGGGAGAAAGAGAGAGAAAGAGAGGGGGGUUUAAAGUGUGUGAGAAAGAGAGAGAGAGGUUUAGAAAGAGAGAGGUGAGGUAGAGAGAAACUGGGAGAAAGAGACAGAGGCUCAGAAAGAGUGGGAGAGAGAAAGAUAGAAAGGUUUAGAGAGAGAGAGAGAGAGAGAGGUAGAGUUAGAGUUGGUCUGAUUUUGUUUGGUGAUCGGAGCCAAUAGAAAUCCUGCGGUUUGAUAAGAUCCACAUGCGGUUGGACGCUGAAGAGCCAGAAACACGAGUUCAAACACAGCGGGCACACACACACACACACUCACACACUUUCACAUCUAGAGACAGAGAGAGAGAGAGAGUGAGAGAGAGAAGAGGAGGAAGAGUGACUCAGACAGACAGAAGGACAGAGGGUGGACAAGAGGGACAAGCUUCCUACAGUGAGGAACAUCAAAUUCUGGACUCAGAAGCAGAACCUUUACUCAAAAGAUCUCUAGCCCUACAGAGAACCCUGGACACUGCAGAACCGUAACCCAGGAGAACCCUGACCCAGCAGAACCCUGCAGGACACUCGCUUUGGAGACGCAUCCUCUCCACCACCUCCACCACCGCCAAUGGGCAUCAGCACUGCCUCCUGUCCAGGAUCCUCACACCGCUCGCCCUGACCACUACAUCUGGAAUACACACACACUCCCACCCUCGGACCCUCGGACACACACUCUGAGCCGGACCACUGCAGACGGGAGGAUGUGCUAUAAGCUGCUACUGUGGGUCCUGCUGGCCGCCGUGCUGUGUGCCCUGUCCGAAUCCCGCAAGAACCGCCCCCAGGGCUCCAUCCCCUCUCCGUUCAAGACCAGCUCCAACACCUCAGAUCGCCGCGGCCGCAAGCAGGAAGUACUGGCCUCCAGUCAGGAAGCGCUGGUGGUAACAGAGAGGAAGUACCUGAAGAGCGACUGGUGCAAGACCCAGCCUCUGCGGCAGACGGUGAGCCAGGAGGGCUGCCGGAGUCGCACCAUCAUCAACCGCUUCUGCUACGGCCAGUGCAACUCCUUCUACAUCCCGCGCCAUGUCAAAAAGGAGCAGGAGAGCUUCCAGUCCUGCGCCUUCUGCCGCCCGCACCGGUUCACCACGCUCACCGUGGAGCUGGACUGCCCCGACCUGCAGCCGCCGUUCCGGCACCGGAAGAUCCAGCGCGUCAAGCAGUGCCGGUGCAUCUCCGUCAGCGUGGCCGAGUCCGGGAAACAAUAAGACUGAGAGACGGACUGCGGGAGCCUGCUGUGGACAUCUAAACAACAUUUAAAACAAAAAAAACAUACGAGAAACUCUUUGAUUUAUAGAUUUUGAUACUUUAUUAUAUAGGCAGUGUGCCCAAAGCUGCUAAUCUAUUUUGAAAGGUCUAGGGCUGCCAACAUCAUUCUUUCAGUUUUUAUUAUUAUACACUUACUCCAUUUCCAAUUCCUCAACAGUACCAACAUCAUCAACACCACCACCAUCAUUAUCCUGAACCUCAAAAUCCCUAAAUCCUGUUUUCUUUGUUCCUGUGUUAAGAAGGUUAUGUAUGUUUAUGGAGCUUAAAGGCUGAUACAAGUAUUUUAAUUUAAAUCAAGCAUUUAAUUUUUUUAUUCUAAUUGCAUAAAUUGUCAGAUUUAAACAAUUCAGAUCCAUAAUUUCAAAUUUAGAAAGAUUCAGAAAGAACUGAAUUUAGAACUGAAACAUUUUCCAGGAGACAGAUUUGAAUUUAUGAAUCUGAAAUCUAUUAUUGACUGAAAACUCAGACAUACGACUUAGUCUAGAGAUAAAACUACAGGUGCAUCUUUUUUAUAUAUAUAUAUAUAUAUAUAUUUUUUUUUAAUACAUCUAUAUAAUAUAUAUAGUUUCACAUUUUGAACUGAAUUACUGAAAUAAAGUAUCUUUUCAAUGAUAAUCUCAUUUUUUGAGAUGCACCUGUAGGUUAGCUAGAUUAAAAAAAUAUAUAUAUGGAUCUGAUUUAUAAAAAAAAAAAUCACAUAUUUGAAAUACAAAAAGCAUCUUUUAAUCUAAUUCAAAAUACAGAUGGUCAGCUUUGAAGCUCCAUGGACAAAAGUUGUGUAUAAAGUUUGCAUCUCAAGACUUAAAACUGCAUCUGAGACUUUCUGAUGAAAAUAUGACUGAUAAAACGAGUGAACUCACCUCGCUCCUCCAAUCAAGGUGGUGAUUCACUAAAGGAAAGGAAAGGAAUGGAAUUAUUCACACGGUCAUUAUCACCACCAAACUCGCCACACAUUCACGGACAUACCUGCCGGUGAAUGUGCCCGAGCGGGUGGGUGGCAGCAGACUUUGUUCCCAGUCCAACACCAGCCGCCCUGCUAACUGUUGGGCAGUACCACGCUGCCAAUAUGGCGGACCAGUACGUCCUCACCAGUAUUCCAAAGGAAGACGCGAUUUGUGCUGCUGGACUUUCAAUCCCAGACCGGGUCGGGACCGAGACUUGAACUGGCCAAUCAUGCUGCUUGCAGUGACUCACAUUAUGCUUUAUUCCUUGAACGUGAUGUAUUACUAGACUGAGUAUGAUAGAGAUUAUAUAUAAAAGUAUGGUACACCAAAAUGUAUAUAUCUAGAGAAAGAAAUGAACUCUAUAUUAAAUCUAUUUCAAUUAGAAUCA